AAAUAAACCCGCGCGUGCAAAGUACACGCGAAAACAAACGCAAACGAGACGCCAUAUUUCAAGAUGGCGGACUCGUCAGGUGAAACUAAAGAUGCAGAAAGCGAUAUAAACGAAGACUUGUAUAAAGGAUACGAACACGAUCCUGAUAGGAUUGAAAGACUUUUUAAAGAUUUAGACCGGAAUAAUGACGGCAAAAUCGAUGCAGAUGAGUUGGCGGCAGGACUGAAGAGACUUCGAGUGCGUCACUCAAAGGGUCAGCUGGAAAAAAUUAUGUCACUUGGUGAUCAAAGCAAGGAUGGUUGUUUAUCGUUUGAUGAAUUUUUAAAAUAUAUGUCAGACCAUGAGAGAAAAUUGUGGCUGGUUUUCAAGUCAAUUGACACUGAUGAUAACGGUGAAAUUAGUAUAACUGAGCUUAAAAAGGCUUUUAAGAAGAUGAAUGUAAAUGUGACUGAAAGUGAAAUACAUUAUCUCUUAAAAUGUAUGGAUACAGAUGGUUCAUUGAAGAUAGACUGGAAUGAAUGGAGGGAAUAUCAUUUAUUAAAUCCUAGUGGACAUUCAAUGCAUGAUAUAAUGCAGUUUUGGAGGCAUUCCAGUUAUAUAGAUAUAGGUGAGGACUUUGCUGUUCCAGAUGAGUUUACAGUUGAGGAGAAAAUUACAGGAAUGUGGUGGAGGCAGUUGGUGGCAGGAGGUGGUGCUGGUGUUGUUUCUAGGACGUUUACUGCACCAUUAGAUCGUUUAAAAGUUUUACUACAGGUAAAAGCCACAGGCAGAAACAAUCUGGGAGUGUUGUCAGGCAUGCGUAAAUUAGUGGAGGAGGGAGGUGUGAGAUCAUUAUGGCGAGGAAAUGGUGCUAACGUUAUCAAGAUCGCCCCGGAAUCAGCUGUGAAAUUUUUCGCCUAUGAAAAGGCCAAGAAACUUUUUAUGACACACGAUGGUCAGAUAGAACCUUGGCAAAGAUUGAUAGCUGGCAGUUUAGCAGGCAUUGCUUCACAGUCUUCAAUUUAUCCUAUGGAGGUGCUGAAGACGCGCCUGGCAUUAGCACGAACAGGACAGUACAGUGGACUCGUACAUGCCACAAAGGUUAUUUUGGAGAGAGAGGGGUUGCGAAGUUUUUAUAGAGGAUUGGUGCCUAGUUUGAUAGGAAUAAUCCCGUAUGCUGGUAUUGAUCUCGCUGUUUACGAGACUGUGAAACAAUCAUGGUUGAACUAUCAUAAGAAUGAAUCAGCAGAUCCGGGUGUGUUAGUUCUAUUAGCAUGUGGUACGAUAUCCAGCACUUGUGGUCAGUUGGCAAGUUAUCCCCUGGCUUUAAUCAGAACCAAACUUCAAGCUCAAACUGGUGUGGGUCGUCAUGAGACAGUUCGAGAAUUAGUCUCCAAUAUAUGGCAAGCAGACGGGAUACGUGGACUGUAUAGAGGGAUCAUACCAAACUUUAUGAAAGUAAUUCCUGCAGUUAGUAUAAGUUAUGUUGUUUAUGAAAAACUACGGACGUCGCUUGGAGUUGCGCCAAGCUGACUGACCAGGGCUGCGGUGGGACGACGAGAGACCCAAAAUCACGCGUCACGCACGUGAUAUACGAACGUGAUGUAUGCAAUUUUUAACAUUCUUGACCGCCUUGGUCAUGGUUAUUUUAUGUGCGCUAAAGCACUUUUCCACAAUGCCGAGUCCGAGGAAAUGAAUUGAACUCAUAAUCGACCUAAUUUCCCAUACAAGAGUGUACGACAAGAUCCACAAGGCCAGAAGGAGCAGAAGUUUUAAGAGCACCGCUAAAAGGCGACACACACCGGACCCGAUCCACCAACGCGACGCGAUUUUUACGAAUUUUUUAGUUUUCAAAAGCAACUAAGUUUGAUCAUGUUAUCAUAUUCUUGAUAAUUACUGAAGGAGAGCAUAUUUUGACAUGUCUGAGGCCUAUAGCUCUCAAAAAUUACGUCGCGUCGGCGAAUUGCGUCCGGUGUGUGGGAACCCUUUAAGAGCGCGAUUUUCACGCAGCCGAGACCAUGGUUACCUGAAUACCCAUGGUCAGUAACAAUGUACCUACCAGGUUUUCACCCGAUCCGAAUUGCCUUUACAGUUUAUAUGAUUGUGAAAAAUGACUGGUAAAGAUUAUUCAAAUCGUGGCGAAAUUAUUUAAAAAGUAAUUUUAAGGAAUUAUAUCAGUAUAAGGAGUAUACAGUAGCCGUACUCAAGUUUAGGGCAUCUCUGCACGAGCUGCAAUAGUGAGCAAGCCUGUUUAGCAUGUCGAUUGGCCGAAAUGUUGAGUAGCUGGCAUGUCAUCGACGACCAUUACUUUGGAAGGUCGAUUAAGUGGAAUCGCGGGAGGGGAGUCCACUGUAAGGCUCAGUGUCCUACUGUAUGUUUUCUAUACUGUGUGAUUAUUAACCUUACCAGCCGUGAAAAGUUUACUGAUAAUCUACGGUUUUUAAAUACCAGCAAAUGCUGGUUUCCAAUCAGGAAUAUUAUUUCCAGGAUCAGAUAAGAAAAGAAAAAUUGUAAAGACCCGCUCAAACGUUUUCCUGUGCGAUUUUCUCCUUUUGAUAGAUGUGAACGAGUAUUUGUUAUUCAUUCACUUGUUCACAUCUCUCAAAAUAAUCCCACAAAAAUUCGCAGCAAUAAUCUGAAGUGAAAUGUACCUUUAUUAAAGCCACUAGUAUUUGUCGAAGGCUUACAGAUAAAAGAAGCUUUCUUGCCCGAUCUAGUCCACAGGUUUUAGUUCUCAGCGGUUAGUGUCUAAACAAGGAUCGCAAGUUCAUUUUUCGCAAGUAUUAAUGAUUGACUAAACAAUUUAAAAUGCGUUUUACGCUAAUAUUUAUACCAAUCAUGUAUAUAUAUACGUAUGA